CUGACUGACAGCUGAUCUGUGCUAGCAGUUUCAAAGGAGGACGCACAACAAAAUUAAUUCAAAUCGCCCCACCACGACCGCUUUCACCAUGGGCACAGCUAUGUUCGCGAGGGUGACUUUCUAUCCAACUUUAUUUUACAAUGUGAUGAUGGAGAGGAUGACCAGCCGGCGCUGGUAUGACCGGAUGGAUGACACGGUGAUCCUUGGUGCCCUGCCUUUCCAGGGGAUGACGAAACAGUUGAAGGAGGAGGAAAAUUUAAAGGCAGUAGUGUCAAUGAAUGAGACAUAUGAAUUAAAGAUAUUUUCAAAUGAUGCCGAGAAAUGGCGCGAGCACGGCGUAGAGUUCCUACAGCUAGCGACGACGGACAUAUUCGAGACCCCGGACCAGGACAAGCUGUACGAAGGAGUUAGGUUCAUUAACAGGUUUCUGCCAAUUGACAGUAAAAUAAAGCGGAUAACAAGUGAGAAUCCAGUGAACAGUGGCACAGUGUACGUGCACUGCAAGGCCGGGCGGACCCGCAGCGCGACGCUAGUCGGCUGCUACCUUAUGAUGAAAAAUGGCUGGUCGCCGGCGGAGGCAGUAGAGCACAUGCGUACUCGACGACCACACAUAUUGCUGCACACCAAGCAGUGGGAGGCGCUGCAGAUAUUCCAUAGGACUCAUGUGCAGGCGUAGCUAGCGGCAAUGUAGGCAAGAAAUAUACUAGAGGGAAA